GGAGACGCGAUGAAAGAGCGUCUACCUGCGCGUCCACCGCCAAACUUUCGCCUUAUUCGAAGGCCUGGGUGGCAUCUGACGCACCUCCGCACAGACAGCGUCGAUAAGGGCAGCCUUCUAUACGGAAAAAUGCGUGAAGAAGCCGUAAAAUUUGCGGAGGAAUGGCUCAAGGAACUAUGGCCUGACGUUAGGGAGAAGGCGGAUAACUUGCGCAAAGAAAAAGAGGCACAAGAAGAGAGAGCCCUGGAAUUCGACCGACAAAAGAAGACUCUUAGAGGAUCUUCGCGUAAGAAUAACAAUCACAAUGCUGGUUAUCCCAAGAAGAUGAGCAACAAUUGUGAAGAUGAAGAACACAAUAGAGGGCGCACUCAGAAGCAAGAUGAAAACAAUCAUUGUUCUAGACAUCUUCAAGGUGACGAACGCUAUGAAAAUGAAGUUACACUUAGCGACGUCUGCGACUUUUUGCUGGAUGAGGUGCUAGUAUACGUAGGAGUUGAGGGUCGAAGCUUUCAGGAAGCGAAAGGAAUCGCAGUGAGACGACCUGAUGGAACAUUUGAAGAUCCUCCUGCUAUCCAAAUAAAAGAACAGAGUCUUAACGCUAACGCGGAGCACGAUCGAGAGGACGAACAACCGGAAGUUCAAGUUCUCCAACUGUCGCAGGUGAAUCCUCAAUCCCCUCACUUUCUACGCGUGCGGGACCUCCUCAGAAAACGUGACAUGGUAGAUUUAAGGCAUCCCCUAAUCCAUCUCCAGAAGCGUCUCGAAGCUGUCCCAUAAGGGGGCAAUAAAUCCGAGAUUGGAUCUCAGGAUGGAUUAGGGCAAGUUCUAACAGAUGGAUAUGAGCAUUGUUUCGAUGUUGAUGGAAACCUACUCCAUGCCGGAUUCGAAGUGAGGGAUUGCAACGCUGAAGCGCCAUUAAUCAAUUAUGCUGAACAGAAAGGACAAGUUCUUGUACAACUUGGACUACAAGGACGUCAAAAAGGUGCUCUUGAUUAUACAGCAGAAAACCAUCAAAACGGAAACAUGAACGUGAACGUAGCACCAACACGACCCGACGCCGAUGUGCUUAACUGCGUGUACUGCAAGCUUUGCACGAAAUGGGCCGACUAUUCCCACUGUGACAGCAAUUCGCAUAAAGACCGGGUCGCCGAACUCGAUUAUUGGUUGAAGCUUGCAAGCUUGCCGCUAGCACAACAGCUGGAGCCUGACAAGGAACGGCCCUGGUUGAUCUACGUCCCAACGCACCAGCCCGACUUGGGCUUAGUAGCCUGGUGGCCGCAUUGUCUUUGCUGUGUCGACGCCAAAAACCCCUUUGGCAAGCAGCUCACCUUUAAUCCCGAUGAGAGGACGAAGCGGGUCCAAUAUCAGCAUCCUAUUGUGGGGGAAGAUGCAGCAGAUCACUUGUGUAAGCCUGUGCCCAAAGACCACAUGAAAAAUUAAGGGUAGGCUAAAGGUGUUCCUGUUGCCGUUUGUUUUGUCUUUCUGAAGGGGGAAAGGCAUAGCGAACGGGUUAAACGAACACCAAGGGCCUACCUCUAAAAAAAGCUGAACAAUACGUCGGACCAAGACUAUGAGACGAGACGGGAAAUGAUACACAGGACGUUAAGAAAAUUCUACUCACUAGCUUAAUGCCGCCUCGUCUAACAUGAGAGCAUGAAGAACAGAAAGUAAAAGUAUCUACUUGGUGUUUUGGGUCACGGCCGCUAGGAAACGAGGACCUCACAUAGAUGUAAAAAAUGCGUUUCCGUUUUCUUUGUUUCCGUUUCGCUAGUUUCGUAGUUCUUCGAGCACUUACUACAUCCAAAAUAGUGCUAUUCUUCAUGAUAAACGCGCAUGUUGACAUUCUUGUUUCUGAAAGCUUCGCUGUGAAAUCAUGAAAUGAAUGUAGUGGAGUGCUCAGACAUUCUGUUUCUGAAAGCUUCGCUGUGAAGUCAUGAAAUGAAUGUAGUGGAGUGCUCAUCCUAUUCACAGACCGAAGUGCAAGCCGCAAUCUCCUACUUAAUCUUAUAUCUCGAGUCAUACAAAAGCAAAACACUCGAU